AUGGACGAGUCAUCCAUAUCGUUAGAAGAGACAAACAGACUUCGAGCGCAGCUGGGAUUGAAGCCCAUACCUGUGCCGGUGCCGUUGCCGGUGCAGUCUUCGACACCGGCAACCGCUUCCCAAGCCAAGGGCGAACUUAGCGUUGAUGAAACAAAUAAAUUACGGAUUUCACUUGGACUGAGACCGUUGGAAAGGCCAGAAAUAAGUCGGGAGGAUCAAGAGACUAUGAACCAGCGGGAAUUUGAGUUGAAAAAGCAACAAGAGCAGAAGGCUCAGCAAGUGCUUGAGCGCGUGGAAAACACGCGGCAGCGAUUAGAACAGAAGAAACGGCCUGUGUCGGUGUUGGAUUUUGGAGAAGAAGUGGAUGAAGAUGAUUGGUUGAAUAAGCUUGGAAAGAAUGUUGUCUCGAAGAAAGCGGUCAAAAUGCCAAGGCCCAAAAAACCCGUUGAGACGGAUGAUCUUGAAGGAGUUAUCAUUCAUGGAGACCGAGAUGGCGACGGCGACGUGGUUAUGACAUUGAAAGAUGGAUCUAUAUUUGAUGAUGGCGACGAAUUGACCAAUGAUGCAUUUGAAACCAAAAAGAAAGUGGAAAAAUAUCUUAAGGCAAAGAAACGGGGUCGUGAUCUCGAUGAUGAUGACGAAGAUGAUGAGGAUAAAGAAUUCAGCGAUAGGGCUUUAGAGAAGACGAGGAAUUUGGUGCACGAGCCAAUAGGCGAUCUCUUUGAGGAUUCUGUGGAGCAAGAAAAGUCAGAUUAUCAAACGUUUAAGAUCAAAAAGGCUAAAAAGAAGAAGGAAAACCGGCGGUCAAAGACCGUGGAUGUUGAUGAUGAACUUGUUGAACAACUCAAGGAGCCCACACGUGUUGAGCUACAGAGUGCUGAUGUAGUUGAAGACGACGAGGAGCUGGAGCGGUUUCUUAGUCUGGAGAGGAGAAAGAGACUGAAGAAACAGGUGGUGUCCGUUGAGGACGUGAAAGAGGCGGACAAUCCUGAAACAAUGGAUACGAGCGAAUCAUUUGUUGUUGAUGAAACCCUGGACUUUCUAAGUGGAUUCAGACCGGUUGUGAAGGCGGAAGCGAAGGACUUGGGAAACAAAGAGAUAUCAAAACCCGAGGUUUCUAAUGGUGCAGAUGUGCCCGAAACUGCAAACUCACCAGAUGUGACCACACCGACAAGUUCUAUACUUAAUAAGCUCAAAAAGAGCGAGACAGAGGCGUUUGGGUCGGGCGGAAUCGGGUCUGCAUUAAAAUUUCUUGAGCAAAGAUCUGAGAUCAGCACUACUGCAAGCCACAACAGACGUUCCAGGGAACAAAGAGACGCAGAGAUGGAGUUGGUGAAACUACAGCCUGUCGAAGCUGCAGGAACAGAAGGGUUGACUCGUAAGGAACGUGAAAAAUUGGCAGAAGAACAGAGAGAACAGUUCCUAAAGGCCAACGCGAAGAUCCAGGAAAAGAGAAUGGCCAAUUACAAUCCAGAGAUCAAAAUCGUUUAUCGAGACGACAAAGGCCGUGAACUCGACACAAAAGCCGCGUACAAGUUUGCCGCGCAGAAGUUCCACGGAAAGGCACCAGGCAAGAAUAAGGUGGACCGCAGGAACCGUGCGGCGGACAAUUGA